AUGGCAUCUCUCAUCCCAGAGUUCCCUGCCGCCGCAGAAGUCCUACGCUCCCGAUUUGCUCACAACUUCAGCGACACCUUCGGCCAGCACGUUUUCCACAGCCACAACGCCCAGCAAGCCCCCUCCUUCGACAUCAGCGAAACGGAUUCAGCCUACCUCCUAGACGGCGACUUUCCUGGCCUCUGCAAGAAAUCCAACAUCAGACUCCGCUGGGCUGAGAAGCGGACCCUCGUCGUUAAAGCGCACGUCCCGAGACCCGACUACAAGGCGCUGUGGCAGACGUCCUUCGGGCAUAAGAUCGAGAGGAUCCAGAAUUCCGGAGAUGGUGCUGCUAGUGGUGUGCACGUCGAUGGCAACGGGAAGGGUGCGCAUGGCGUUGCGCCUGGAUUCAGCGAUCUCGUUCUUACGCCGGGGAGACGGGAGUCCGGGAACGAUGUCGAGACGGGGAGUGUAAAGGCGAUUUUGCAUCAGGCGCAGUUGAAUUUGAUGAUCACGAAUUCGGAGCCGGUGCAUUCUGGGAAUCGCGAGAUCUUUAUUGGUGACAUUUGA